UCUGAAAUUGUUCAGUUAUCUUCAGUUCAAACGUCAGAAAUAACAGAAGUCACAAUGGCAGCAUCCGUGGACUUGACUUUUAAUUAUACUCUUGGCCCUAGUGAUUUAGUGUACGAUGGUUUUAUUGUUUUGCAAGCAAAGAAAACAGGAACAUCUGAUUAUGAGAAUGUUGCUACGUUUUCACCACCUGGAAGCGGAAAUAAUUUUUUCACUACCACAGAAUCUGCCUUGAUUUUAAAAGACAGAUCGGAGCUAAUGAAUGUAACUGCCCUUGGUUUAGACACAUUUUGUGUAGUGAUGAAAGUGCUGGAUGUGCGGUGUUCUGAUGAAAAAGAGUACCGAUUUUCCGUUUUAUUUUUGAAUUCAAAUACUGGUCCUCAGACGAAAAUUGCUUUUACCAAUUUAAACGUAAAAGCACCUGCUGAACAGCCCUAUGAUAUUCCCGAUCCAGUUCCGAGACACAUCGAGGAAAACAUGAAUUUGACAUUGACUUGCACCGCUAAUGUUGGUAAGCCUCCUGGAAAGAUCAAGUGGUGGCGCUACAGAGAUCAGAUCGAUGCACCGGUUCUUGUGGCGGAGUCGUCGGAAAUCCCUGCAGUGCAGCCUGGAGUGUGUGUGUACAACGUGACCUUCUCCAUACAACCUCUGGUCACCAAGGACGAUGACCAGUCCGUGUGGAGAUGUUCUGUAGACAAUGAACUGUUGACAAGCUCACCUGAUCAAGACAAGCCAAACCUAGAGACUGCCAAAAUCAAUGUAUUUUAUAAAGUUGGGAUUCCGAAAAUAACUAAAACCCCAGACACCCCGAACUCGCAGUAUUCUGUUGGCUCUUCUGUAACCUUGACCUGCCAAGCUAAAGGUAACCCAAGCCCUUCUACCAAUAUUGACAAGAAUAUCAACAAGUAUGUAUGGACGUUUAAGGCCAAUCCAGGAGACAAUGCAACAGAAUUGUCAUCAAACAAUGGAGUCCUCAGACGUAACAAUCUACAAGAGACGGACACAGGGACAUACACAUGUACAGCCUUCAAUGGGUUCAAUGGAAAAACGUUCACCAGCUCGUUUAACGAACAGCUUCAAAUAGGUGGAUCCUUUGAAAGUUUAGUAGAGGUGUCAGCUAUAACCACAGCAAGACUUUCAGCAUCCGUGGACUUGAGUUUUAAUUAUACUGUUGGCCCUAGUGAUUCAGUGUACAGUGGUUUUAUUGUUUGGCAAGCAAAGAAAUCAGGGACAUCUGGUUUUGAAAACAUUGCUUCAUUUUCACCUCCAGGAGGAGGGAACAAUUCUUUCACAACCACAGAGUCAGCAAUGAAUUUAAAAAAUCGAGCGGAGUUAUUGAACAUAACUCCGAUUGGUUUCAACUCUUUUCGUGCUGUAAUGAGAGUUCUUAAAGUACACUGCUUGGAUGAGAAAGAGUACAAAAGUUCCGUUACUUUUUUCAACUUAAAUACUGGCCCUCAGACAAUAACCGCGGUUACCUAUUUGACCGUACAAGCACCUGCUGAACAACCCUAUGAUAUUCCUGAUCAGGUUCCUAGCAACAUUGAGGAGAGCACGAAUUUCACAUUGUCUUGCACUGCUAAUGUUGGUAAACCUCCUGGGAAUAUCAAGUGGUGGCGCUACAGAGAUCAGGCCGAUGCACCAGCUCUUGUGGCGGAGUCGUCGGAAAUUCCUGCGCAGCCUGGAGUGUGUGUGUACAACGUGACCUUCUCCAUACAACCUGUAGUCACCAGGGACGACGACCAGUCCGUGUGGAGAUGUUCUGUAGACAAUGAACUGUUGGCCGGCUCACCUGAUCAAGACAAGCCAAACCAAGAAACUGCCAGAAUCAAUGUAUUUUAUAAGGUUGGAGUUCCAAAUAUUACAAAAUAUCCAAAUGUGUUAAAUUCCCAGUAUUCUGUUGCCCAUUCUGUAGACCUGACUUGCGUUGCUCAAGGUAACCCAAGUCCUUCCACCAAUAACGGCUUUAACAGGUAUGUAUGGACAUUCAAGACAAAUCCAGGAGACAUUGAGACAGAGUUGUCUUCAACCAAUGGAGUCCUCAGUCUGAACAAUCUACAAGAGACAGACACUGGGACAUACACAUGUACAGCCUUCAAUGGAUUCAAUGGAAAAUAUUUCAAUAGUUCAAUUAAUGAGGAGCUUUACGUAGUGAACACAACCACAACUUCCUCUCUAACAACUGCGGAGUGGUCUACAGAAAAUUCAGUCAUCCAUGACCAGAAAGAAGUAGAAGUAACCACUACUGUUCCUAACACUACCACCCAUUUUACGUCCCCCGCUGGUCCAGCAGGGAAUUCAGAUACAGAGCGCCAGAAAACAAAUGAUGAUGGCCUCUCUAUGGGAGCAAUAGUGGUCCUUAUGGUCAAUAUCCUCAUCAUCGUGACUGUUAUCCUCGUCAUGUUAAAAGUGUGGUACACUAAACUACAACGAACACCUGCGUCACGAGGAGAUUGUGGAACAGUUCAAACAUCAGCAUUGCUCAACGCAACAGUAGGAUCAUCUGUGGAUUUAAAUUGUACAUAUACUUUAGACCCGGCUGAUUCAGUGUACAGUGGGUUUAUUGUCUGGCAAGCCAAGAAAUCGGGGUCAGCAGAUUAUGAAAAUAUUGCCACAUUUUCUCCUCCUGGAGAAGGGAACAAUUCAUUCACAACCACAGAUUCUGCCAUGAUUUUUAAAGAUCGAGCAGAGUUACUGGAUGUAACGUCCAUUGGUUCUGACGCUUAUCAUGCUGUGAUGAGAGUUCUUGAAGUGCAGUGUUUGGAUGAGAAAGAGUAUCAAUGUUCUGUUACUUUUGUCAGUACAAGUACUGGUCCCCAGACAAAAACUGCGGUAACCUCUCUUACAGUUCAAGGACCCGCUGAACAGCCCUAUAACAUUCUUGCUCCCAAUCUUAGCAAUAUUGAGGAAAACAUGAAAAUCAACCUCUCCUGUACCGCUAAUGUUGGUAAACCUCCUGGAAAGAUUAAGUGGUGGCGUUACAGAGAUCAAGUUAAUGCUCCGUUAUUGAUGGAGGAGUCCUCGGAAAUCCCCGCGGUGCAGCCUGGAGUGUGUGUGUACAACAUGACCUUUUCUAUACAACCUGUAGUCACCAAGGACGAUGAUCAGUCCGUGUGGAGAUGUUCUGUAGACAAUGAACUGUUGACCGGCUCACCUGAUCAAGACAAGCCACACCAAGAAACUGCUAGAAUCACUGUCUUCUAUAAAGUUGUUGAUCCAAAAAUAGCUAAACAUCCGGACAUCUCAAAUUCUCAGUAUUCUGUUGGCUCUUCUGUGAACCUGACAUGUGUUGCUCAAGGUAAUCCCAGUCCUUCCACCAAUAACGACAUCAACAAAUACAAAUGGACGUUCCAGACCAUUUCAGGUCACAAUAUGACAGAGUUGUCGUCAAACAAUGGAGUCCUCAGUCUGAACAAUCUACAAGAGACAGACACUGGGACAUACACAUGUACAGCCUUCAACGGAUUCAAUGGAAAAACGUUCAAUAUUUCAAUAACUGAUGAGCUUUACAUAGCCAAUCCAACCAAUCACGCAGGUCCUGCCUAUCUAUUGAUCCCACAACUCUGUAUAACCGUUUUGCUGAUGUCAUCAUUCUGUGUUUUGGUACUUUAGUUCAACAUAUUAGAUACCUCAGACAGAGUUCAACAAGUGUCAGGCUUGACAUCUAUCUAUAUUUACAUUCUGUGUAUAUUUGCCUUUAUGUUUGCUUUGGAAAUCUGCGACAUUCAGUUUUCUAUGAAUGCACUUUGCUAAUUCAUGCGCAAUGAGCACAGAUACAGACGUCUCCACUUGUUUUAAGUAUAUCUAUAUUUGUAAGAUUAAACGAAACUUUCAAUCUAACAUAGCCAAUUUGAUAUGUACUUUUUUAAAAAAAAUAAUUAAUAUAUAUCUACUCCUUUAUUAUAGUCUGUCCCAAAUUAUUGCUUCCAUCAAUUUUUGAUGAUUUUUAAUAAAAAUACACAUACAUGUGAAAGAAAUACAAUUGAAAUCGAUGAAAGGAAAUAUAUCCAAGAUAUCUUCAUUAAACAAUUAUUCCUUUUCACUCAUAAAAUUUCACAGGAACGAAAACAAUUUUUUACUGAGAUAAAUAAUGGGAAAUGUUUACAUCUUUUCUCCAUUCGGAAGUACUCGGGAUAUCUUGCGCAAUUUUUUAACUUUAUCAUCCGGGCUUAUUAAUGGCUGAUGCAAUGCAAAAUCUCCGUAGACUUUCAAUUUUGGGAUGUGUAUUGAUACCUGAAGCGGUAGAAGGGGCGUUUCAAAACAGAUAAUCUGGACUUUUUUCAUAUAGUGGAUGAACGAAGUUUGAGCACAAAGGUAUUUGCUAUUAUUGAAAUAUCGAGCAAAAAGUGGUAGAAGCAAAAACUCGGGUCAGAGUAUAAAAAGAUUUUUCUCCACAAAGUUUCUUGCACUAUAUUUUUUGUCGCGGACGCUAACUAAAUAACAUGUUAAUAUGGCUGUUCCAUGUUUGUUUCAUAUAUCUGAAAAAUAGCGCAACUAAUGGCUUUACAGCGGCGAUGCACAAUAUUUCAUACAAAUAGACAUCAGUAUGAAAAUAUAAAUAUAAUCACUGAAUGCUUAUUUUUGGAUGUUUGAUCAAAAAGAGAAAAUAUUAAUUUAAUUUUUUUUGAAAUCAUAAAAUACACAUAUAAAUUCCAAGGAAUACUCAUGCACAUUAAAGUUCACAUUUUUCGAAUACAAUAACACUUAAAGAAGGACAGUUCAUAAAUAUGUACAAAAUAAAUAGUAAAUUGAUGGUUACUAAUACUUACUUUCCAAACACAUGGCUUGUGAAAAAGCACCACACUGUGCAUUCUUUACAAUAAGUGGCUGUUGGUUCACAGUCUGGGCAGUGAAUGAUGUGCAUUGUCUCGCAACAAAAACAACAUUCCCAUGUUGAUGAGCACAUUUCCUCCACCCUAGCCCUGAACAUUGAAGGCUGUAUUGUUUCCCAUCCUUCACGUUCUUUAGUCUUCCUGGAUACAUAAGUCCUUACAUCUAUUUCAAAAUGAAAUAAUCAAAAUAUAAACAAGUCUGUAAUACUAACACGUUGCUUUUCAUCAUGCUUAUCACUGAUACUUUGUUGUUUAAGCAGGUGUGACAAUUACCUUCCUGAAUAACUGAAGUUGUUGGCUGAUCCAAUAGUUCCUCUGUGAUAAUUUAACUUUCUUUGGUUUCCUGGGAACUGAACAUUUUGGCUCCAACUUUAUAAUUUCAAUUUCUUUUCUCUCCUCCUUGUAUUUAAUUACUUUAAUUUUCUGUACAAAUUAUUUACACCUAAGUGGCAUCUUUGCUUCUAAGUGGCAUAUCUUAACAUUAAAGCAUGAAAUAUACCAAAACGUGCUUUUAAUCAUAUAUAUGUAAUACAUUAGUGAUCACUCUCCAUCUGAAUCUGUGAUUUUAAACAAUGUACACUUAUGC